AUGGGCUCGACCGACUUUGGCAAUUUCAACGUACGGAAACAGACAGCCCUCUCCAAACCGCGGUACCCCUCAUGUUUGCUAACCCCCCAACAGAAAUUUUGCAGAGAUUCAACUCUUCCAGUCUGCAACCUUCUCACAGAUAACCACAACCAAACGGGGCCAUGGGACGGCUGCCAACUGACCGGUAUUCCCCUCAGUGGAGGCCGACACCUCGGUAAUCUUGGUUCCAUCAUCUUGGCCGCUAUUGCCAUCCUCACAUGUAUCUUCUUGGUGCUCAAGUCGGACAGAAAAAAGGCUGCUGUUGGCCGGAGCAUCUGCGAAAUCUUUUCCGUCGGCGAGUUCCCGCUCUCUGGCAAAGUCCGCGUCGCAUUUAGCGCGAUCCAUAUCGGCAUGAUCAUUGCCACGACCUGGAUUCUCAUGCUCAAUGCUGUAAUCGGUUACCAAUUGAUCGAUGACGGCACCGCGCUCUCUAUGGGCCUUGUGGUGGCAUCUGCCGCCGCCUUCUUUAUUGGCACCGGCUACAUUGCUCUCGACACUGGCUUAAGCUUUACCGGAUUCUGGGACUCGAGUUACGCCCUACCCAACCGCAACCUUGCUCUCUACGUCCUCUACCAGCUUGUGCCGCUCAUCUUCCUCGUCGCUUUCUACGUUCUCGAAGCCAUCCUCGUCCUCCGCAUCCUCGGCGAGUUUCGCCCCAUGAUUUAUCUGACGGGUGCUGCUGUCCUGUUCGCCAUUGGACAGGUCUUCAACUAUACCGUUUCGCCACACAUCUGCAGCGGAACCGACGGCAAAAUCGACGGCGCCCUGUUCCAAACUCUCUUUACCCUCUUGUCCGUCGUUGGUGUCUGGGCCUUUUGGUCCAGCAUCACCGAGGAUGACUGGUCAACACAAGAGGGCACUUACCCUUGA